AUGGCUGCUUUCCCCCCACCCCGUCUCGCGUCCCUGGAAUGGAACAAGCUGGGCCUUGCUCCCAUGGAUGUGAAUGGCCAUGUUGAGUCAGAGUAUUCGAUUGCAACUGGAGAAUGGUCAAAGCCUCGCUUUGUGGAGGAUCCAUUCAUCAAGAUUCACGGCCUUGCACCUGGUCUUAACUAUGGCCAACAAGCAUUUGAAGGCAUGAAAGCCUACCGUGAUCCUCAGGGUCAGAUUCAAGUCUUUAGACCAAAGGUCCACGCGGCUCGUCUUGCUCUUUCUUGCUCGACUAUUGCCAUUCCCACUAUCCCAGAAGAUAUCUUCUUGGCCAGUAUCAACCUAGCAGUUGUCCGCAAUGCCGAGUAUGUUCCUCCUCAUGACUCUGACGCCGCAUUGUACAUCCGACCUCUAGUGUUUGGCUCCGACGCAUUCUUUGCUGUGUCUGCCGGUACAGGCUACCGAUUCUGCGUGUAUGCGCAACCCUACAAGGCGUACCAUGGAGUUCAACCUUUGCCUGCCCUGGUGCUUGAAGACCUUGAUCGUGCUGCACCCCGAGGUGUGGGCCAUGUCAAAGUCGGAGGCAACUAUGCGCCUGUGCUGAAGUGGAGUGAUCAAGCCCGCGCGGAAGGGUUCCAUAUCACACUACACCUCGACAGCCGAACACAGUCGCAGAUUGAUGAAUUCAGUACUGCUGGAUUCCUGGGAUUGAAGAAGACCGGGGACUCGUACACCCUCGUUGUCCCCAGCUCUCCAUCUAUUCUGAAGAGUGUGACCAGCACAUCAUGUGUGGAACUGGCACGCUCGUUCGGAUGGGCAGUAGAGUUGCGCCCGAUUCCGUACCUCGAGUUGCCGCAUUUCGUGGAGAUUUUGGCUGCAGGAACAGCGGCGAUGGUGGUACCAAUCAGAUCGAUCACCCGGAGAUCUACCGGAGAUGUCUUUACCUUUUCUGAGGACGGCCCGGGCGAGGCGUGCCAGCGUCUCUCAAAGGCGUUGUUGGCAGAACAAAAGGGAUUGGGGGCCAAUAAUGAGGACUGGCUCUGGCCUGUGGCGCCGGUGGCCGACGCCGAGGAAUGA